AUGCCACCAAAGAAGAAGGAGACGGCCUCCAAGGCUCCAGCCAAGAAGAAGGAAGGAGGAGGAGGCGGAAAGGCCAAGAAGAAGAAGUGGUCCAAAGGAAAGGUCAGAGACAAGUUGAACAACACUGUUCUCUUCGACAAGGCCACCUAUGACAAACUUUACAAAGAGGUGAGAUUUUGUUUUACUGUUUUUAAUUUAGGUAUAGUGAUGUUGAAUGCUGCUGAAGCUAUUAAAGGGGAAAAGUUGAGGUUAAGAAAGGAUUUCUAGUUUUUGUGGAAUUUUUGAUGCUUUAAAUGGGUUGUAAAGUGGUUUUAGAGCUUUAUUAUUUUAAAAGUUAGCUGAAAAGGUUCUUUAUAAUUCUGAAAACGACCUUUAUAGUCUUGAAGACGUCAAAAUGCUCUUUAUAUGUCUAACUUUAUCAAUUCCAGAUCGUUUCCGUGAAACUCAUCACCCCAUCUGUUGUUUCCGAACGUCUGAAGGUCCGUGCUUCGUUGGCUACCGCUGGUCUCCGACAGCUUCAAGAGGAAGGACACAUCAAAUGCGUUGUGAAACACGGCUCUCAACUUGUCUUCACUCGCGCCACCAAGGCUGAAACCGACGAAUAA